AUGACGGCAGAUGUGGGCUUGUUGUCCCACAAAGAAAUUGGCAGGGCACGCUCACGCUGCCGUGCAUGGAUGAUUCGAUUGGCGAAACACUUGUCUCCUCUCGAUGCCUAUACCGUUAGGCCUGAUGGCUCCCAGCCGUUGGAUUUGAUUGCAUUGAAUGCGGGAGUACAGGCAGGUGUUAGUCCCUUUGCGCUGCGUCAGGCCCUUCUUGCAUACACACAGCUGCCAGAGGAUAUAUUAAAUAUUUACUUUAGUUCUCUUCUCCCGUUUGCCUUGGUUCAUUCAACGAUGCCUGAAAUGUCAUUGAUGCCACUUGUAACAAAGGCCUUUGGAAUGGAGAUGAUGGUUGAAAAUACCCUUGGGGUUGUGUGCGUGAUUCGUGUGCCGAAUUUAUGGGCCACCGGAUCAUCACCCCGUGGUGGACUUUCACUUCUGUAUCUACUUUGUUGCAGGGCUGGGGCUGUAUUGGAUGCAAUUCGCCGCUUUUUUCAGCCGCCAACAUUAGGAGUGGACGAACGCGUGUUUCAUGGAUCACCACCAGAAGAUGAGGAUGAUGCUGGCGUGCGCGUACUUUUCUGCGAACCGAUCGAGGAAGUGCCGGGACUAUAUAUUGUAAAGGAAUUUAUUACGCAGAUGGAGCAUGACGCCGUCUGGUCGGAGUUGAAAGGACCAAAGGCUGCGGCACUGGAGUUGGAGACUCUCGCCCACCGCAAUGUUGCGCACUUCAACCGACGGUUUUACUAUGGUGUGAAUCGAAUUGGAGUGGAAGGGGAUUCCGUUAAUGCGAAGCCAGCCUUUUAUGACUGGAUGCAGCGACGUCUGAAGAACGAGGAUCCAAGGCGAAAACUGCAGGACUAUCCUUCUGUGGCUCAGACCUUUUCUUGUGACCAACUGACAGUGAACUUUUACAAUUAUAAAGACGGGGAUACGGCUGCUUCAGGUAUUGCCCAUCACGUCGAUUCCCAUGCAUCGUUUAUGGACUGCAUCUAUAUUGUUUCUCUUGGAUCCCAUACAGUUUUGGAGUAUAAUCGACACGGCGUACCACCAGACGUGGCAGAAACCUUUGGUGUUUUUGUGGCGCCAAGAAGUCUGCUGCUCAUGACAGGGGAAUCACGUUAUUCGUGGACGCAUGGGAUUGCUGGGAAGCGGGUGGAUAUUCUUAGUGAUCGAAUUCCCCCCGUGUGGCGCGGGGACCGUGUGAGCCUCACGUGGCGAUGUGGUCGUGAUGCUCCGCACCGGCGCAUCCAUUGUAUCUGUAAGGAGUUGUGCGAUGGUGAGUAA